UCAUAGCGGCACAUAGUCUCAAAGGCGAGCCGCGUAUAGACAGAUCUCUGCGGCUCACAGAAAAAAAUAGAAGACUUGAAUUAAAAAGUUUUUAAUAGUCAGUUUUUUUUUAAGUAAUUAAAAAGUGCAAUCGUGACUUUUGAACGCAAUAUUCUAAAAAUAUUUAAAAUAAGAUUACAGACGUUUUUUUUUUGUAAAUUAAAAAGUGAUGUGAUCGUUAAACAUUGUUUAUAAAUAAAAGAGUUUGUUAAUUAUUUUUUUUUUAAUUAUUGUAAGAACUUAAAGUGAAAAUGGAGCAGAUAGAAGUAGAUGACGUUUUAAUAAAAGAAAUUAACGACAGUGUGUUAGAAGUAGAAGACAUUAAGACAAGUGCAGAUAAUGAUUCGGAUAUUGGAAGGAUUUUGGGGAUGAUGCCCAUUUUCUUAUUACUGUUAAUUAUGUUCGUCAGAAUUAUUUUCGUCAUAUACAAAUCUAGUGGACAAAAGACUCGCAACUCGCAGCAGAGACGAACGUUCGUUGCCCCGCGCCAGCGGCCGUCGGUGUCGCAGACCGAGCCUACUAUAUACGUCAGUCCGGCCAACUUGCCCCCACCGCCCAAAUAUGAAGCGAUGGCUCCACCCAGCUACGAAGAAGUGGUUGGGAUCCACUACCCCAACUAUCAGCCAGUUCAACCAAUCACGCAGCCAAUCACGACUGCGCUAGCACAGAGCUCGAAUUCGGCGGAUAACGUUACAGUAACCGAUACCGAAAAUAACGUUACAAAUACCGUUACACAAAAUAACGCUUCCUGUAGCGUUCCCAGUAACGUUGCUCCCGCCGUUGUCACUAUUGCAAACGAGCGGACAGUUCCAACAGCGUCUUCAUGAUUUUACAGACUGUAUUUCAAUAUAUUUAUUAACCAGUUGGACUGGUUCGGCAAUGCAUUUACGAAGUUUGUUACGUGAGUUCAUAGAGUACAAUUUGAAACGAGUCAUAAGAAUAAUGUAUCAUACAUAGGAUAAUACGAAGAAGGUAUUUCUGUAUUUUGUAUUUGGUUAACCAAUUUGUCUGGAACUAACUAGGUAUAAUUAUUCUUCUACAUAUUAUGACAAAGGUUAAUCAAAUUAAAAGUAGUCAUGUUUUAUUAGUUACCAAGAUCUCUGUAUGUUUAAUGGAGACAGUAUAUAGGUUACCAUACAAAAUAAUAAGCUUUGAAAGUGCAAUGUAUUAGUUCAUAGCUAAUUCAUAGCUAUACUAUAUCAAAGAAAAAUGUAAAUCACGGUAUAUUUUAAUCGUUAAAAAUAACGUCGUUGAAAGAACGUAACGUUUUGAAAACAACUUUGAAAGAACGUAACGUUUUGAACACGAGCAAACUAAAAGCAAACAACGUUGAAAGAACGUAACGUUUUGAAAACAACUUUGAAAGAACGUAACGUUUUGAACACGAACAAACUAAAAGCAAAUAACGUUGAAGGAACGUAACGUUUUGAAAACAACUUUGAAAGAACGUAACGUUUUGAACACGAACAAACUAAAAGCAAACAACGUUGAAGGAACGUAACGUUUUGAAAACAACUUUGAAAGAACGUAACGUUUUGAAAACAACUUUGAAAGAACGUAACGUUUUGAACACAAACAAACUAAAAGCAAAUAACGUUGAAAGAACGUAACGUUUCGAAAACAACUUUGAAAGAACGUAACGUUUUAAACACGAACAAACUAAAAGCAAACAACGUUGAAAGAACGUAACGUUUUGAAAACAACUUUGAAAGAACGUAACGUUUUGAACACGAACAAACUAAAAACAAAUAACGUUGAAAGAACGUAACGUUUUGAAAACAACUUUGAAAGAACUUAACGUUUUGAAAACGAGCAAACUAAAAGCAAACAACGUUGAUAGAACGUAACGUUUUGAAAACAACUUUGAAAGAACGUAACGUUUUGAACACGAACAAACUUAAAACAAAUAACGUUGAAAGAACGUAACGUUUUGAACAUGAACAAACUAAAUCAAACAAAAUGAGAUUUCAGUAAUAAUUUUCAGUCUUUAUUCGGAGGACGCAAGACUGACUGUUAUUACUCUUAAUAUAAUUUAAUUAAGUAACUGACAUGUGAACUGACUGUGAGAACUGUUACGUAUUACUUAUUUUAAUGUUACCAAUGUAAAAAUAUAAUAUUUUAAUAAAAAAAUACAAUUUAAAACCAUUAGGUUUAAGAAA